UCGACUGCCGAUCUGCGAGAACCCGGAGCAGGGCAGAGGCUGCAGGCGGCGGUGCAGUCCCUGUAAGCGGUAUGAGUUUGGCUGGGGGCCGAGCCCCACGGAAAACCGCUGGGAACCGGCUUUCUGGGCUCCUGGAAGCAGAGGAGGAAGAUGAGUUCUACCAGACAACUUACGGGGGUUUCACCGAGGAAUCUGGAGACGAUGAGUAUCAAGGAGACCAGUCUGAUACAGAGGAUGAGGUCGACUCUGACUUCGAUAUUGAUGAGGGAGACGAACCAUCCAGUGAUGGGGAAGCAGAAGAGCCCAGAAGGAAGCGCAGAAUCGUAACCAAAGCCUAUAAGGAGCCUCUGAAGAGCUUGAGACCUCGCAAGGUCAGCACUCCAGCAAGCAGCUCCCAGAAGGCCAGAGAGGAGAAGACACUGCUGCCACUGGAGCUACAAGACGAUGGCUCUGACAGCCGAAAGUCCAUGCGUCAGUCAACAGCUGAGCACACACGACAAACGUUCCUUCGGGUUCAGGAGAGGCAAGGACAGUCCCGGAGGCGGAAGGGUCCGCACUGUGAGCGACCACUAACCCAGGAAGAGCUGCUCAGGGAGGCCAAGAUCACUGAAGAGCUCAACUUACGCUCACUCGAGACCUACGAGAGGCUGGAGGCUGACAAAAAGAAGCAGGUUCACAAGAAGCGCAGGUGCCCCGGGCCAACAAUCACCUACCACUCAGUGACCGUGCCGCUUGUUGGGGAGCCUGGUCCCAAGGAGGAGAACGUGGACGUGGAAGGCCUUGAUCCUGCUCCUGCAGCCUCUGCACUGCCUCCACAUGCCGGGGCUGGAGCUGCCGCCCCUCCUGCUCACUGCUCACGCACCUUCAUCACAUUCAGUGAUGACGCAACCUUUGAAGAGUGGUUCCCCCAGGGGCGGCCCCCGAAGGUCCCUGUUCGGGAGGUGUGCCCAGUGACCCACCGUCCUGCUCUGUACCGGGACCCUGUUACAGACAUACCCUAUGCCACGGCUAGAGCCUUCAAGAUCAUCCGUGAGGCGUACAAGAAGUACAUCACUGCCCACGGCCUCCCACCCACGGCCUCAGCGUUGGGCCCCGGGCCCCCACCCCCUGAGCCACUCCCUGGCUCUGGGCCCCGAGCCUUGCGUCAGAAGAUUGUCAUCAAAUAGAGCCGCCUGACCCCUAGACCUCUCCAGACCUGGCCUCCACUCCGCCCCCUCCCCUCUCUGUCCUUGCUGACCUUCGCUGUUGUGUCAUUGUGUCCCUAGGCUCCUCCCUAGGUCCUCUGCUGUGUGUUUUUGUAAUCCAUUAAAAUGGUAAAGUCC